CCAGGGAGUGAUUGCAGACAGAGGGAUGAUGAGGACUUUGGUGACCAUGCUAGUUGGGCUCCUGCUCCUGUACCUCACCCCUGGGGGGCUGUGCCAGGGCUGUGCCGUGAAUGAAGCUGAGCACCCCCUAGUGAGGGAUCUGCAGAAGAAGAUGAUCUAUUCAGUGGAUGCUAGUGCUCCCCCGAACCCCAGCAUCCUGCUUUCCCUGCGGCUGGCCCAGGACCACAACAUGCACAUCGAGCAGGACAUGCUGAACAAACUGAGCCAGGACGCAGUGCAGCGAGCUGUUGUGUCCUUCUCCUCGGGCCAGGUGGCCCUACAUAUCCUGGCUCAACAGGCCUCCUGCUCCGACCCCCGGCGGGUCUCUGCGAACAGCUCUACCAUCAACCUGGUGCAUCUUCUGGAGCAGAAGUUCCAGGCGGAGCUGCAGAACAUAGCGAUCCAUGGCAACCCCUUGACCAACUUCUACCAACUCAGCUUGGACGUACUGGCCCUGUGCCAGCUGAACGGCCGCCUCUCACCAGCCAAUGCCAGCGCCCUCCUCAGCCCGGACCACAAGAAGUAUUACCUCAGCGGCCAGUUCUCUGUGGACACUGCAGCGGUGGCAGUCCUGGCUCAGAUCUGCCUGCAGACCAGGGGGCAGCCCCUCCCCCCGAAGGUGCAUAAGAAGAUCAGACAGAACGUGCAAUGGCUAGUGGACAAAAUCCUGGCUAAGAAAAGACGAGAUGGAGUGAUCGGGAACAUCUACAGCACCGGGUUGGCUAUGCAGGCCUUAUCUGUCUCAUCCAGCUAUCUCAAACCCGGGGCCUGGAACUGCCUCCAGACUCUGCACAGGGUCCUGGACGAGAUUCCCCAGGGCACAUUCAAAAACCCAAUGGCUGCUUCCCAGAUCCUCCCUUCCCUGGAGAACAGGACCUACCUGGACGUGAGUAGGCUCAACUGCUCCAUGAACCCAGAUAAUCUCCCCCUGUCCACCGCCAGGCCCGCCCCACCCACUAGCUGCUGCCCACCUAGCAUCAGUGUCACCUACACUGUUGCCGAUAGUCUGAACAACACAUUCAACAACUCUAUCAGUGUCACCGUGCCCCAGGGCUCCGUCUUCUUCAAGGUGAUGGAGGUCGCCCAGGAUAAAGACCCCAGCAAAUUCAGCUUCACGUACACGCAGAGUUCCUGGGGCCCAUACAUCACCUCCGUGCAGGGGCUGCAGGCCGAUAACAACCAGCGCACCUACUGGCAACUCCUGAGCAAUGGCAUCCCGCUGAGCCAAGGUGCUGGGGACUACGUCGUCUCCAACAGCGAGAGGCUGGAGGUCAAAUUCUCUGUGUACUGAGCUCCAGGGCACUGGCCAGCCUGGGGACAAGGGGUGCUCCAGAAGGUGCAACUUGUCCUGGCCUUUCCACUGUCCAGAGAUUUCAGGGUUCAGCAGCCCCCACCCCUUCCCCCCAGAGCAGAGGAUAGGACGGGCCCCUGGAGACAACUGUGUCUUGUUUUCAUAUCUGUGUGACUGUUUCCCAAGCUCUGCCUGUGUCUGGCCCUCGCUCCUGAAAUAAACCCUUUGCAAGAGCUGGCCGCACCGUGAGGGUUAUUCCAGGCAAGGAGAGGGGCUGAGAAACUGGGAAUGCAGGUAAUGGAGCCUCUGAUGGGCACCCUCCAUCUGGAGAAACAGCACAGCAGCAGGGCUGCUUCCCCCACCAUAGAUAAGGGCUCACCCGGGAGCAACCAUCCCAUUCAUGGUACUGGCCAGUGAGGUG